AUGGAAACAAUUCUUCCUGUGAAUGAAAGUGAACAGUCUGAGGUGAGUGAACCUUUACAACAGUAUAAUGGGAAAUUAUUUACUGAUUUGCGUACAAUUGACGUUGUUGGGCAGUGUUUUGAGACAGAAGAAGCUGCAGAUAAGUUUUACUUUGAUUAUGGUCUUGUUGUUGGAUUUUGUGUGAGAAGGGACACACUGAGAUGCAAAAAGGACAUGACAGUAUCAAGUCGCCAAUGGUUUUGCUCAUGUCAAGGGUUUAGAAAAAUUGAUAAAAAUGCAAAAAGGGUUCGAAGGCCACAAAAAGUGACUAGAGUUGGGUGCCAAUGUGUAUUUAAGGUGAAUUAUUGUGGAGACAAGAAGAAAUAUGUGGUGACAAAGUUUUAUACAGAUCACAACCAUCCCUUAGUACUUCCUGCUCUAACACAUCAUAUGAGGUCUGCUAGAAAUUGUAAGGAUUCUGAUGUAGCCCAAGUGACAGCAUUUCACAAUGCAUCAAUCCGUACAUGUCAUGCAUUUGAGUACUUAGUCGACAAGGUUGGGGGAUAUGUAAGUGUUGGCUUCAGAAUCAAAGAUUUGUAUAACAAGCUUGAUGCAUCAAGACGUGAAAUCAUGUUAGAUGGUGAUGUUGAGGCCGCGCUUUCUUAUCUGAAUGGGAGAUCUGGGGGAGAAGAAAAUUUUUAUUGUAAGUUCAGUUUAGAUGAGGAAAACAAGUUGUGCAACCUGUUUUGGAGAGACACUCGUUCCUUGAUUGAUUAUGAAAACUUCGGAGAUGUUUUGUUGUUCGAUUCCACAUAUAAGACCAACCGUUAUGGAAAACCACUUCUCUUGUUUGUCGGUUCGAGCAACCACUUGACUAGUAUUGUGUUUGGGUGUGCAUUUCUCCUUGAUGAGACUACUGAGACAUAUGUAUGGGCUUUGGAAACUUUUAUAUCAUCAAUGAAUGGCAAGAAACCGAUUGCGGUUCUUACUGAUAGUGAUGAUUCCAUGCGUGGGGCUAUUGAGAUUGUGCUUCCUGGAUGUCCUCAUAGACUUUGUUCAUGGCACAUAGGGAAAAAUGUGAAUAAGAAUGUCAAAGAUCCGAAUUUGAAAAAAAGAUUCGACAAGAUUAUGUGGAAGUCGACCACACCAGAAGAGUUUGAUAGAUCUUGGUCAGAUAUGAUUCAAGAUUUUUCCCCCAAGAACACUAAAUGGUUUGACAUGAUGUAUGGAAAACGCCAAAAGUGGGUCGAAGCCUAUUGUAAAGGAAAGCAUUUUGCACGAAUGCGGAGCACGCAACGUUGUGAGGGAAUGAAUGCCUACAUGAAGGAUUUCAUGAAUGGUUUGAAGUUGAUUGAGGUGGUUCCAGGCAUUGUAAGAGCACAAGGAAGAUUGAGAGCCAAGUAUUCUGAUGCUGAUUUCAAUUGUAGGCACUCUGUGCAUAUACUGGAAACACAACUUCGCGAGAUGGAGGAUGAUGCAUCAAAGAUCUACACUGACAAUGUGUUUUUUCUAGUCCAGAAAGAGUUAAAGAGGGUGGGUGGACUAUGCGUUAAACCUGCUGUGCAAUCUGAUGGAUUCAAGACAUAUAUCAUGUGGAAACACAACAGGUCAGAACAAAGUUUUGAAGUGGUGUACUCCCAAGGGGAAGGUGGCCCACAGUUUGUGUGUUCUUGCCAAAAGAUGGAGUACGAGGGGAUACCAUGUUGUCACAUCUUCAAUGUUUUGAAAGAAGAGGGAAUUUUGAAAAUUCCUACUUCUUUGAUCAUGAAACGUUGGAGGAUUAUUGACAAAGCAGAUGUUGGUAAGCUUGAUACACGCAGGCUCACUGGUGAUAAAAAUGAGGCAGACUCGAAGUUAAGAUUUGGUUAUGUAAGUGACAUGUUUAGCAAACUGUCAUUUCGUGCCUCUUCUUCAAAGGAAACAUAUGAGAUGGUAUGCGAAGAAAUUGUUAAAUUGGAGAGAAAGAUAGACGCCAUGUUUACUGUUUCGGAAGUUCAUAGGCAGCAAGAUGAACGGGGACGUCAUGACAACCUUAUUAGAGACCCAAAUAUUGUUAAAGGCAAAGGGAAGAAAAAAAGAGCCAACACAUACUACAAAGAAACAAGGAAGAAAAUGCAGCAAGUGUGGUGGUUAUGGGCAUAA